AUGGCCCUUGAGUUGUGGAGGAGUAUUUUUGGGGGGAAGACUGAAGAACUUGAGGAAGAAUAUGGAGACAGCUGGAGGAUAGAGUUUGAUGACUCGAUCGAGCCAGAAAAACCCGCCCAGGACUGGUUUAAGUAUAUUCGAGGAGCUUUUGCAAGGUUCCAGUGCUCCAAGUGUAAAAAAACAUGGCCCUCCAGAAGGGUGCUGGUUGUGUUUCACUUUCACCUGAAUAAAAGGGAGAAGAAGGGCACAGUCAAAGCACGUCGCUUCCAGCAGAAGUGCCGAAGGUGCCAGGAGGCCAAAAUGGAGGAGCCCACGUUUGACCCAGACAACAUCGAGGUGCUGCUGGAGAAGUUGGUGGAGAAAAUCCGCUUCAGGUGCUACAGAGAAAACCUGGGCAAGAACAACAGAGGCUUUCGGCCGGUCGGGAGGUCUGUGGGGCCACAUGAGUCUGCUCACUGCGAGGCCUGUCUGAGAGGCAUCUGCAGGAAAGCAGAAUAAAACAUUGACUCGUUAGCUGAAGCUGAGACAUUUAAAAAAUAUGCAUUAUUUGCACAGACAAGCUAGAACGCUGUAGUCCACAUGAACACCUUUCCAGC